AUGUAUAGAAACCUUUUUGACAAAUUGAAGGAUGGUCCGCUGAAGAUAAGUAUCCUCGGAAGUGGUAGCUGGGCUAGUGCAAUUAGUAAAGUAGUAGGUACUAAUGCGAAGAAUAAUUAUUUAUUUGAAAAUGAAGUUAGAAUGUGGAUUAGAGAUGAACUUGUAAAUGGAGAGAAGAUGGUUGAUAUAAUUAAUAAGAAACAUGAGAAUACAAAAUAUUUACAAGGUGUACCUUUACCUCAUAAUAUUGUAGCUCAUUCAGAUUUAGCUAGUGUUAUUAAUGAUGCUGAUUUAUUAAUUUUUAUUGUUCCAUGUCAAUAUUUAGAAAGUGUAUUAGCAUUAAUAAAAGAAACUGAAUCUAUAAGAAUAGCUAACCAUGCAAAAGCUAUUUCAUUAACAAAAGGAUUUAUUGUAAAACAAAAUCAGAUGAAAUUAUGUUCUAGUUAUAUAAGUGACUUUUUAAAUAUACCAUGUAGUGCAUUAUCAGGGGCCAACAUAGCCAUGGAUGUGGCCAUGGAAAACUUUUCAGAAGCUACCAUAGGAGGUAAUGAUAAAGACUCCCUAGUAAUAUGGCAAAGAGUUUUUGACCUACCAUAUUUUAAAAUUAAUUGUGUAACUGAAACGAUUGAAGUCGAGAUUUGCGGAGCUCUUAAAAAUAUUAUCACCUUAGCAUGCGGAUUUUGUGAUGGUCUAAAUUUACCCACAAAUUCAAAGGCAGCUAUAAUAAGAAAUGGAAUAAAUGAAAUGAUAUUAUUUGGAAAAGUAUUUUUUCAAAAAUUUAAUGAAAAUAUAUUAUUAGAAAGUUGUGGAUUUGCUGAUAUUAUUACUUCCUUCUUGGCAGGAAGAAAUGCAAAAUGUUCAGCUGAAUUUAUUAGAAGCACACCAAAAAAAACAUGGGAAGAAUUGGAAAAUGAAAUAUUAAAGGGUCAGAAAUUACAGGGAACCGUUACCUUGAAAUAUGUUUAUCAUAUGAUCAAAGAAAAAAAUAUGACAAACGAAUUUCCGCUCUUUACUGUUCUUCAUAAAAUUUCUUUUGAAAAUGAAGAUCCAUCCAGUUUAUUAAAAACAUUUAUGAAUAGCAAAAUAAACCACUUUAAUUUAUAA